CUCAGACAUUUAGUUUCCGAUCAUUGGAGAUGCUUUAACUCACCUCUGCUCAACACAGUUCCCCAUUUCUCUUCCUCUUCCUCUCCCGCUGUGGUUUGUCACCGGCGCCAGAAACGACUCUUUAGCCCUCUUCGACGUCGUUCCUCUGGUUGAGCUUCGUGCUUCCGUUUCAUUCACUGUGUCUUGUUAUUUGAAAUUUUUUACGUGGUUGAUGCUGCUGUUCCGAAUAACAUUAGCACAUCAAGACGUGAAUUUCAUGAUUUUCUGAGGCUAUUUUAGGAAAUUGCUACAGUACUCCUGGAUAUUACAUUGGGACAGAAGAGUGCCCAAUGAACUCUCUUCUCAAGCUGCUCUCCACUGCCAUAGCUCUCCUCUCCAUUCUUUCUUUCUCCUUUCUUCACCCAACUCAUUUCUUGGGUUGGAAGGCACUAAUGUCGUCUCAGCAAGUGGCAGAUUUGGUUGUGAGGAAUGGGGUGAUAUAUACAGGUGAUGAUUCUCUCCCGUUUGCAGAAUCCAUGGCAGUGGCCAACGGGAGGGUUGUCCGUGUUGGAAACCAUUCCUAUGUGCAGGAGUUGGCCAGCUAUGGAACUGAAGUGUUGGAUCUUGGUGGGAAAGUUGUGGUUCCGGGGUUUAUUGAUUCCCAUGUGCAUUUCAUACCUGGUGGAUUGCAGAUGAUGCAGGUGGAUCUGACAGGUGUGAAUAAAAAGGAUGAGUUUAUCAGAAGGAUCAAAGAUGCAGCACAAAGUACAAAACGAGGUUCUUGGAUUUUGGGUGGAGGAUGGAACAAUGAUUUAUGGGGAGGAGAUCUGCCAGCUGCAUCUUGGAUUGACGAUUUCACUCCUUACAAUCCCGUAUGGCUAUCAAGAACAGAUGGUCACAUGGGCUUGGCUAACUCAGUGGCACUAAUGUUGUGUGGCGUGACAAACUUAACAGCUGAUCCGAGUGAAGGGACUAUAAAGAGGACUCCAGAUGGAGAACCUACUGGAUUGCUGAUCGAAUCUGCAAUGUCACUUGUCAUGUCGCAGAUUCCAGAGGAUUCAGUAGAUAAUAGGAGGGAGGCACUGCUUAGAGCAAGCAAUCUUGCCCUGGAAAGGGGUGUGACAACAGUUGUUGAUAUGGGAAGAUAUUAUUCAGGGACUUCAGCAAAUCUUUCUUGGGAGGAUUUUACAGAUGUUUAUCAAUGGGCUGAUUCUAUGUCAAAAAUGAAAGUUAGAGUGUGUUUAUUUUUUCCAAUGGAGACAUGGUCACGUUUAGUGCAUGUGAUCAACAAGAUGGGUUAUGCCUUGAGCGAAUGGGUGUACAUUGGUGGUGUCAAAGCUUUUGCUGAUGGCUCAUUGGGUUCCAAUAGUGCAUUGUUUUAUGAGCCGUAUGUUGACGAUCCAAACAAUUAUGGCCAACAACUUAUAGAGUCCGAAGCUCUUUUCAACAUGGCUUUGGAGUCAGAUUUAUCUGGUCUGCAGAUUGCAAUCCAUGCUAUAGGGGACAAAGCAAAUGACCUGAUCUUGGACACAUAUGGCUCAGUUGCCUCUACAAAUGGACCGAGAGAUCGAAGAUUUAGGAUUGAGCAUGCUCAGCAUCUGGCUAUGGGAGCUCCACACCGAUUUGGCAAACAAUGGGUUAUUGCUUCUAUGCAGCCAGAUCACUUGCUGAAUGAUGCGGACACUGCCAGGAAAAAGCUUGGCAAAGAUAGGGCUGACAAUGGAUCUUAUUUAUUUCGGUCACUCUUAGAAAACAAUGCAUUAGUGGCAUUUGGUUCUGACUGGCCUGUGGCAGACAUAAAUCCCUUAAGUGGUAUAAAGACAGCAAUGAGAAGACAGCCUCCUACAUGGGAAAAUGCAUGGAUUCCAUCAGAGUGCAUUUCAUUAGAUGAUGCGAUAAAGGCGUAUACCAUUUCCGCUGCUCGGGCAAGCUUCCUUGACAAUGAUCUGGGAUCCUUAUCUCCAGGGAAACUUGCAGAUUUUGUCAUACUAACCACUCAUUCCUGGGAAGAGUUUGCUGAAAGUGCAUCUGCAUCUAUUGCCGCAACAUAUAUUUCCGGUGUGAGAGCAUAUCCUUGAAGGUAUUCCAUAAUCUAUUUCAAGUUUUACAAUCAAAUUUGCAUCAGAUGUGCCGAAGGAAAGAAGGUUGUAGCGCCAGUCCUCUCAGGUUUUAAUUUCACAUACGCAUGAGAAUGUGAGAAAACAUUAUUUUAAUUCCAUAUUGGUGUAUUGAUUAUUUCA